AUGCAGGAAGAUGCGGGGCAGGGGAAAAAGUGCCCGCCUGCGCAUGCAGCACACGCUCUGCAGAAGCGAAACCGCACCUGUUUCCGUGCCGUAGUGAUUGAGGUGGCGGGUGCCUUGGACGACCCUGUCUGCCAGGAUGUCACACGACGCCUGCGGCAGUACCGCAACCGCUACGCUCCCAUUCUGCGGAUGAUGGCGACACUGGUGGCGCCGGCAGUGUCAGAGGUUGAGCUCUUUGGGCACGCAGGCCGCGACACAGAUGCUGCUGCUGCUGCCGUCGCUGGCGGUGGCGGUGAUAGAGAUGCAAAGGAUGGUGUACGAGACGUAAAGAAGCAAGAAGAAGGCAGCAGCAGACCUGAGAAGAAGUCGCGCAUUGAGCCACUCAUUACGGCCCCCAGCGCCGCCGUCGUGGCGGGGGGGAGCGUCACCGUUGUGCACCGCCUCCACGAGGGCCUUGCAACUUCGGCUACGGCGCAGAUGGAGAUGUUCAUGGCGUAUCACUUUAUCCCGCUGGCGCUGCUGCACAACCGCCGCGCGGACAUCGCAGCCGAGACGGCGCCGUUCGUGUUGCGCCACUACGUGCACGAAGCGACGCGCACCGCCUCCUUCCUUGUGGCUGAUCUCACUGAGCGAACGGCGGUCAUCAUUGACCCGCAGGUGGACACCUCCAUGUACGAGGCGGAUCUGGCCACGCUGAAUCUCCGGCUCGUCGGCGUGGUUCUUACACACUGCUUUGUGGACAUCGCGAUGGGGCAUGCUGCGCUGCUCCAGCAGCACCCAACAGCACUGCUGCUGAGCGGCGCACCGUGGGCGCCCGGCGGCGAUCUGCCGAGCGAGGCAUGGCCAGUGUUGUCGCUCAGCCCACGCUUGCAGCUGCGGGGAAUUCCCAUCCCCUCCUUCUCGCCGGAGUGUGUGGUGGUCGAGCUGCUGCUAGACUCGGCGCUGCUGGCUCUUUUCACUGGCACCGUUAUCGGUACCGACGCGGUGCCGCGCUACGAGUUUUACGCCGAUUAUCCCUGGCCUUCACUGUCGCUGGGCAACGAGUCACCGGUAGUAGUGGCGCAACGCUUUCUCAAGGAGCGUCUCUGGAGCAGGUACUUUGCUCCAACAGCCGACGGCAGUGGUGAUGAUGCGCGGGCGCUGGACCACGUGAUUAUCUUCCCAUCCCACGGGGGCUACAGCAACGUGACACAUCAGUUGGAUUUGUACUGGGCAGCGCAUGUGGGAGAUUUAAAGCGGAUGAAGCACUCUCGCAUGGUGCUAGACAAGCUGUUGGACGCCGACGCAUACACCACCCACGUGCAUGAGCGUCCCCCACUUCCGAAGCCAGUGCUGAUGUCGCACGUGCGAGAAUGGAACAUUCUUUCAGUACCCUCCGCUUUUGGCGGCAGUGGUGCAAGGCUUAUUGCGUCACGCUCGCUGACGUCUUCAGUUGGGGCUGCUGCUUCUGCUGCUGUCAUGCCAAUUGUUGUCGACAUCAGAGACACUGCCGAACAUGAAGCGGUGCAUCUGAAGGGAUCUGUGAACGUUCCUAUGAGCUUUCCUGCUGACGCCUACGGCGUCAAGAAGGCGGAGCUGUGGCUGCAGUGCAUCUUGCGCCCACGGCAACCUGUAAUUGUGCUUUGUGCCAACGAGCAGCAGCUCUCGCUCGUACGGCAGCGCCUUGCGUUGAUUUCCCCGGGUGCGACAAUCGAAGCCUUUACCACAAAGGAUCUUCAGGCACCCUCCACCCUGCCUUUCGCAUACAGCACUGGGGAGCAGACGCACGGCGGCGGCGACAGCAGUAGCACUAUCAAAACAACAACAACAACGUCUUUUCCACUGUCAACGGUAUCCGACUACUUGCCGCGCCAGCUUGUUUGGGUUGUUGACGCCGCUGCCGCAGCUGCCCAACGGCGGGUUGAUACCUAUCAGAAACUUCACGACAUCGAGCCAACGGAGGGCACCUUGGUGCUGGACUGUCGUACUGCCUACGAAUUUAAAAAUGGCUCCCACCGACACAGCGUUCACAUCCCCUUGGCAGACCUCUGCGAAAUGACGGCACUCGACGAGGUGCCUCCAGCGUCGAAGGACACCAACGAAGACGGGGCGCGUGCCGGGGACUUUUAUGGGCCGUCCCCGCAUCUCGGGCAUGUGCUCCUUGAGAAACUGUAUGAGAGCUCUCUGGCAGCCGGCAUCAGGUGCCGUCCGCUUUGCCGUGGCAUUGAGAGGAUUAUUGUGUACUGCGCUGGCGGUUACCGCUCCCUCAUUGCGGCCUCGAUCCUGCGCCGGGCCUUCGAGGCAGCUGCAGUGUCGAUGGAGGUGCGUGACGUUGCGGGAGGAGCGCUGCAGAUUAUGAAACAGCGGCCCGACCUCUGGACAGUAAAGGACCGCUCUAUCAUUUGCAUUAGCUGA